UGAGAAGAGCAGCUUUGCAGGUAGAGCUUCCCAACUGAGUACCAUGUGAAGGUCUGACAGAGCCCCUUGAUUCGUGGGACAGGAGAGACGUCCCUCUUUCAGUCCAGAAGGGGAAAAUUCUUUGAACGUUUUUGUCUGCUUCAGUAGGCUCUUAAAGUAUCGUCUUUACCUGAACCACAGGGGCACGUGCCUGAGCCAGUUUGCCCACUGUGGGGAAAGGAAGUCUCAGGAGGCAUUCCGCGCGCCAUGGAGAAACCGUGGAAGUGUGGGGAUUGCGGGAAAGGGUUCCGCUCCCCCUCCGUGCUGGAGAUCCACCGCCGUGUCCACACUGGGGAGAGGCCGUUCAGCUGCUCGGUGUGCGGCAAGGGCUUCACCCAGCUGUCUAUCCUGCUGACCCACCAGCAUUUCCACACUGGGGAGCGGUCCUUCACCUGCCCCGUCUGCGGCAAGUUCUUCACCCAGUCGUCCACCCUGCUGACCCACCAGCGGGUCCACACCAGGGAGCGGACCUUCACCUGCUCCGUCUGCGGCAAGGGCUUCACCGACUCCUCCCACCUGCUGACCCACCAGCGGGUCCACACCGGGGAGAGGCCGUUCAGCUGCUCGGUCUGUGGCAAGAGCUUUACCCAGUCGUCCAACCUGCUGCGGCACCAGCGGCUCCACACCGGGGAGCGGCCCUUCACCUGCUCCGUCUGCGGCAAGGGCUUCACCGACUCCUCCCACCUGCUGACCCACCAGCGGGUCCACACCGGGGAGAGUCCGUUCAGCUGCUCGGUCUGCGGCAAGAGCUUUACCCAGUCGUCGAACCUGCUGCAGCACCAGCAGGUCCACACCGGAGAGUGGCCCUUCACCUGCUCCGUCUGCGGCAAGGGCUUCGCCCGCUCGUCCGACCUGCUAACCCACCAGCGGGUCCACACCGGGGAGCGGCCGUUCAGCUGCUCCGUCUGCGGCAAGGGCUUCGCCCGCUCGUCCGACCUGCUAACCCACCAGCGGGUCCACACCAGGGAGCGGCCGUUCAGCUGCUCGGUCUGCGGCAAGAGCUUCACCCGCUCGUCCACCCUGCUGCAGCACCAGCGGCUUCACACCGGGGAGCGGCCCUUCACCUGCUCCGUCUGCGGCAAGAGCUUCUCUCACUUGUCCAACCUGCUGACCCACCAGCGGCUCCACACCAGGGAGUGGCCCUUCACCUGCUCUGUCUGCGGCAAGGGCUUCACCCGCUCGUCCAACCUGCUAACCCACCAGCGGCUCCACACCGGGGAGCGGCCGUUCAGCUGCUCGAUCUGCGGCAAGAGCUUCACCCGCUCGUCCACCCUGCUGCAGCACCAGCGGCUUCACACUGGGGAGCGGCCCUUCACCUGCUCCGUCUGCGGCAAGAGCUUCUCUCGCUCGUCCAACCUGCUGACCCACCGCCGGGUCCACACUAGGGAGCGGCCCUUCACCUGCUCCGUCUGCGGCAAGGGCUUCACCCGCUCGUCCGACCUGCUAACCCACCAGCAGGUCCACACCGGGGAGUGGCCCUUCACCUGCUCCGUCUGCGGCAAGGGCUUCACCCGCUCGUCCAACCUGCUGACCCACCAGCAGGUCCACACCAGGGAGCGGCCCUUCACCUGCUCUGUCUGCGGCAAGGGCUUCACCCGCUCGUCCGACCUGCUAACCCACCAGCGGGUCCACACCGGGGAGAGGCCGUUCAGCUGCUCGGUCUGCGGCAAGAGCUUUACCCAGUCGUCCAACCUGCUGCGGCACCAGCGGCUUCACACCGGGGAGCGGCCCUUCACCUGCCCCGUCUGCGGGAGGGGCUUCGCUCAGUCCCAGCACCUGCUGCGGCACCAGCGGGGGCACAAGUGACGGGGCCAGCCGCUGUGGAUCCAAGAUUUCACUCUCUGUCCCAUUGAGUCUCCAGUCAGGUCCUUCAGCUCAACUGGUCUCUCUCAGUAUUUCUGACCCAUGUGAGCCUCUACGCACCUCCCCUUCACUUGCUCACACUUGAUUUCCCUUACAGCAGCAUUCCCUUCAGUUCCUUUCUCCCUGACGUCUGUAUCCAGCUUCUCCUUAAAUGCCGUCCACCUCGACCUGCUACUGUGGGGGUCAUUCCCACUGCAGACAGAGGUCUCUCCUUUGUAACCUCUUCAAAAGAUUUACCGCUGACUUCCCCCUUCAGUCUUUUCCAUUUCUGGGUCUCCCCGCUGUUGCGAAACUUGGAAGGGUUCAGAAAAGAUUGACAAGGAUGAUGCCAGGGUUGGAGGAUCUGAGCUAUAGGGAGAGGCUGAACAGGCUGGGGCUGUUUUCCCUGGAGCGUCGGAGGCUGAGGGAUGACCUUAUAGAGGUUUACAAAAUUAUGACCGGCAUGGAUAGGAUAAAUAGGCAAAGUCUUUUCCCUGGGGUUGGGGAAUCCAGAACUAGAGAGCAUAGGUUUAGGGUGAGAGGGGAAGAUAUAAAAGAGACCUACAGGGCAACUUUUUCAUACAGAAGGUGGUGUGUGUAUGGAAUGAGCUGCCAGAGGAUGUGGUGGAGGCUGGUACAAUUGCAACAUUUAAGAGGCAUUUGGAUGGGUAUAUGAAUAGGAAGGGUUUGGAGGGAUAUGGGCAGGGUGCUGGCAGGUGGGACGAGUUUGGGUUGGGAUAUUUGGUCGGUAUGGACGGGUUAGACCGAAGGGUCUGUUUCCGUGCUGUACAUCUCUUGACAAAGCCUUGUCUGAGGGUGAAAUGUUGUCAUUCCCGUUGAUGCGGGUGGUCCCCUGUCUGUUGUCCUUUUUGUUUCCUUUCUCGGAAAGGACGUCGCGGACAUGGGCAGCAUUCCCGAGCCCCGCUCCGGAACGGGCUGUUCCUUCCUCUUCCAGCCCCCGGGAGAAGGGGCAGCUUGAGUGCAUUGGGAGAGUGGGCCGUUCACCGGGAGGGUGCCAAUGGGACGGGAGAGCGGUACCGGUAAUGGGGCGAGGGGGAGAUGCCGCAGACCGCCAGAAACACUGGGGCAGCUGCUCGCGUCCUCCUUUUGGAUCUCACAGCACAGGGAGGCCAUUCAUCUGAUUACCUGUCUGGCUCUGCAUCUGGCUCUGCGUCUGUCUGUCUCUCUGAGGUGACAGCGGAUUCCAGCAUAUUGCUGCUUGCUGGGUAAACCUGUUUUUCCUCUGUUUUCCCCCUCUCUCUCCUGCUCAAACCCCUGACCUUCAGGCCGCCCCUGACCUUGUCACUAUCAGUGAAUAGGGAACAGCUUUUCUUCCUCCACCUUAUCUGAACCUAUCACAAUCUUCCCCACUUUCACCAGUUGUAUCUGUGUGUGACCCUCUCUUUCUGUGUCUCUUUCUCUCCUAAGCCCCCUCCCUCACCACAUCCCAUUUACCCACCCCCUCCUGUCAUGCUCCCACUUUCAAACGGUCUCGUUGUGUUUUCACUGCCUCUUCCCCAUCGUUUCCGUCAAGCACCUCAUCUCACGCUUAGAACCCCUGCAGUGUAGGAGUAGGCCCUUCAGCCCAUCCAAUUCACACCAACCCUCCCUCACCCAGACCUCUGCCCGUAACCCUGCAAUUCCCAUUGGCUAACCCACCUAGCCUACACAUCCCUGGGCACUAUGGGUAAUUUAGCACAGCCAAUGCCCCCUAACCUGCACAGCCCUAGGCACUAUGGGUAAUUUAGCACGGCCAGUCCACCCAAACCUGCACAUCCCUGGAUACUAUAGGACAAUUUAGCCUGGCCAAUCCUACACUAAGGGUGGAUUGGCCAUGCUAAAUUACCCAUAGUACUCAGGGAUGUGUAGGUUAGGGUAGAUUGGCCAUGCUAAAUUACCCAAUCCUACACAUCCCUGGGUACUGUUAGGAUAAAAUAGGUUAAGGAAGGGUGGAGCUAUAGCUGCUGUUUGGGGAAUCAAAACUGUUGCUUACGUGGCCAGCUCAGCUGCCAACGCCCAAAUGAGCUCAAUAACAGGAAACGCCUAGCAAACGCGAAAUGUCCUAAUAAGGCAAUGCUUAGUAGCUCCGCGAAGCUCUGCUUAGCAAAGAGUAUAUCAGGAGCAGAUUUGGGAGGGGAAGGCAGAACGCGCCUUCUCCAGUGAAUGUAUGGUGAUUCACUGUAUCAGCUACGAUUCUGCAAUAAAGCCUGCUUGUGCCAAACAA